AGCCAUUUCAGCUUAAAGUGAACAGCCUCCUCAUGCAUAAUGACUCAGACAUGGAGGGGGCAGGAAAAUAAAUACUCAGAGAAAAUUUACAGAAAAAAAAAAGUGGUGAUAAGGGUUAAGGACCAAAGAGUAUAAAUGUGUCUCCUCUACUAUAUUUUGUCAUUAGAAAUGUGAGUCUGAACUCAGACUUGCACAGAUUUAGAGCACAGAAGAUCUGAUAUACACUUUAAGGGGACUUCAAGAAUUUUUUUUAGUUAUCUAAUCUUUCUCAUCUUCUCUUUUAGAAAAUAUUUAAAUAUAUAAACAAUAAAUAAUAAUUGUUUUGUUUCGAAAGAACUUUUUUUUCUAUCAGAAUUUUGAAUUUUUUAUUUAUCCUAAAGAAGAAAUUAUUUAUAAUUUUAUUUAUUUUAAUAUUCCUGGUGAAGAUGAUGAAAGCAGGGGGUAUAACACUUGUUCAGUCCCCUUUAUUAAGAUGGUGCUUGCUUUUGGCCUUUAUUCUCAUAUUUUCUAGAACAGUGCUUGCAAGUCCUCUUAGAGACACAAACCCACUUUUGCAAUUCUCUGAUCAAGUGCGACUUAGAUACCUGUAUGCAGAUAAUGAACACACACAUUUGCAUCUGCAGAUCUCUCCUGAAGGAAAGGUGAGCGGCACAAGAGAAAAAAACGUAUACAGUAAGUAUAUCAUGGACUGCAACUUUUCUUUAUUAAUUUUAAUUAGAUAUAUUCUUCUUUAUAAAUUGGAGGAGUUCAACCUUCAUUUUCCACCUGUUGUUGGUCCGCAUUACCCUUAAUUCCCUACCAGUCUACCAGUAUUUACUUACUUUAUUACUGGUAUUUAUAAAGCGCCAACAGAUUCGUGAAGAACAUCUACCACUGAUCUAAAUUAUUAUUAUUUUGUAUAUGACCAUAAUAUAUAUAUAUAUAUAAAUUGUCACAGUUCUAAUUUUGCUCUCUGCCUAAUAUAGAACCAUAUCUUUUUUAUUAAUGGAUAAGCAAUUAAAUAAAUUAUAAAGGAGAGAUUUCUUAGAAAUGUAUGAACAAAUCUUUUAUUUCCCAAUUGCAAUAGUUAAAAAUAAUGUUGUCUAUUAGAACUUUUUUUUCUAGUAUGCAUUAUGAAGAAUGCAUUCUUUUGCACGAUUUUUAUACUGGCAUACUAUAUUACCUGUCUAUAAUAGAAAAAUAUGUUUUUAAAAUAAUUGGAUAUAUUAGUUAGAAAGUGCAUCCCUUGUCAGAAAGUCAUCUUUCUGAAAAUCUUUCUUUCCUAACAGCAGACUGGGGGAAGUUAAUCGUUGUUGCACUUUUCAUUUCCUGCCAUAUUCAGACAUUAGAUAACAGCUUCAUAGCUCAAAACUGUGUAAUACGCUGUAAAAUAACAUAUUACUAUCAAAGUUUGUAUAUGGAUUCAAAAUAUUAACAUGAACCGAUAGAAAUAUAUAAAAGAUAUAAUUUCCUUAAAGUUGUAAAAUACUAUUUAGAAGGAAAAAAAAAUAAUAUUUAAAUUAAAGGGGCAUUUCAAACACCAUAUCAAAGUAUGUUUCUUUUAUAGAUUAGGGUGCAAGAAGGUCCCCUGUAUCUAUCUUUUAUAACUAAAGUAAUUUGCAAAUUCAAUAGCUAAAGGCUAAUGUUUUCACUCAAAUAUAUAAAUGGGAAUUCUGGGAGUUGUAGUUCAUCUGUCAGCAUUCUACAAUAAAAAAAAAAAGCUAACAAUUAAACUACAGUUCCCUAUAACCAUAAUGUUCUGCCAUGGAUCUAUGGGAUAUAAAUUCUUGAGAUGAGAAGGAAAUAUAAAUUAAAAAAAAAAUAAUAGAAUUUUUUUUUGUCUUCAAAGGUCAUGCAUUGUAUGAGUUUAAGUUAGAUUGUGUAUUUAUAAAGUGCCAAUCUAAGACUCAUAAACAAUGAUGGUGUGUAUUUAUGAUACCAGCAUGCUUUAUCAGCAAGAAGUCGCUAAAAUUACAUCAGAAAACAUUACAUAAUACAGUCGUGCAGUUAAUGAAACAGGUCAGCAGGAUCAGUUAAAGAAUAGCUAAAGAUCAAAGAAACUAAGCCCGCAUAUCAAGUUUAACAAUAUAACAAGGUGAAGUAUAGGAAGUUAUGUUAUGCUGAUAAUGACUGUGCAGAAAUUGGAUACUUCAGUAUAUAGCUUUUUCUAUUCAUGUGCCAUAAUCCACAGGAAUAAUAAAAAGAAUAUCAGAGAAACUUUAACUAUCUAGCUAUUAGUGAACUAUAACUUACAUCAUCCAAGUUGACUGACACUUAUGAGACUUGUAAGGGAACAGAUCCAGAGCCGGAUUAUCCAUAAGACUCUACUAACUUGACAGAAAGAGAGGGCACUGGGUGAAAGGCUGUGUUUAGAGAAAACAAAAUUAUUUUUAACAUGUUUUGUCGAUUUUAUGUGUUAAAAGUCAUGGAUAUAUUUGCCUGACAUUGGUUCCAGAGGUGGCUAAACAGGCAGCUGUGUGGACCUCUUCAGCCAUUACCCUUUCUGAUCUGUGCCAAAAGCACAUCAUUUUGUUACGAAACCUUUAGUCCUUUGGGCACCCCCAUUUGAACUAGAUCCAAGUUAUCAUUUCAGGGCUCCUUAAAGCUUACCUGACAACAGUAAAAUACGAAACCAUUCUUUGCUCAAAGUUCUAAACCACUGUUGGCUUUUUCUUUGUGGAACAGCAGCUGUUUUUGUUCUAAAUGUAACAUGUCAUAGGAAUUGUUAACAUAUAGAUUUGGAAAGACUGAUAAUAACAUAUCGUUAUUUAUGUUAUCAAUAAUUACAUUAUAUUAUUAUAGGUCUGCUGGAGAUCAAGGCAGUAAAGCCAAGUAUUUUGGUUAUCCGUGGAACGCAUAGUACCAUGUAUCUCUGCAUGAACUCAAAGCACCAUUUGUAUGGUUCGGUAAGUAAUUCUAAACUACAGUUAACUAAUGGUCUAUCCCUGGCAAAACCUUUCUAGCUGCAGUGGUAAUAUGGAAUUUUCACUUAAGCAUAACCAAUUCUGUCCAACGUGGAUGGUGAUGAUUGGCUUGACAGCAAAGGUGGAGAACUAGCUCAGUAAAUCACUGUCUUUUAAUUUGGAUGGAAUUUAUAUUGAUAAAGCCAAACCAAAUUGCUGCUGCAGUUGAAUAUAAGGUGGGAUGUGGUGCAACAGAGAGCAAAAAACUAUUUCAUCAAACACAUUACACUGAGAUUUAGUAAUUAUGGUGCUUAUAGUGUCUUGAAGCAUCGAAAGUACCAAAUAUUGUAUAUCAAUUUCUCAUGACUGCUAUAAGAAAUGUCAAACUGCAGCAUAAAAGUUGACUUAAUUAUUGGUAUUAUACUGACUAAAUAAACACCUUAGCAGUAUGCAUCUUUAGAUUAUUUUUUAGGGUUAGGACAGGGUUAAAAAAAAAAGAAAAAAAGUUACCCGCGCUCUUUCCCAAAUCCCUAUGUGGAUUUAAACAAAUGGAGGUUAUUUAGUUACUCCAAUGGCCAUUAGAGGGAAUGCCCACCUGCCACGUCAAGGCAAACCUCCAAGGUGGGCCCUACACUAACCAUUCACCUUGAGCUUCUGGUAAAGAUAUUUCUAAUGAGACAGAGAGACCCCUAUCUACUUUUUAACCCUUAGUAGGUCACACAUGGGAUGGUCGGUAGCAUUGUAACAUAGCUGUGUGAUACAAAAGUGAAUACAAAUACAAAAAUUCAAGGAUUUGGGAAAGAGCGCAGGUAACUUUUUUCUUUGGUUUUUACUGUAUGUAUUGGGGCUGAUGUGUACUAUGGUCGUUGCUGCCGCCCAGUUUGAGUGCAGGAUUGUUUUUUUGUAUUAGGACUGGGUUAGGGUUAAGGUUUGACUUUUCGUGAGACUGGUGGAAGUUAAAAAACUCCCAAGCAGUAGCUGUUAUUUGCAGCCAAUAAUACAAUAUCUCUCCAGAUUAAGUUGUUGGGAGAGGAUUUGGCUAAACCGCAUCACACAUUUUCUGUCUUCUCCGGUCCUUUCCUAUCAUGCACUGAGCUAAUGAAAAUGGCAGAAUUAAAAUGGCAGUAGACAGCAGUUGCUGCUUGGCAACCUUACCCCAACCUUACCCAACAUUUAUGGCAAAGAUGGCAUGACCACUAGUAACAAAGUAAGCUUAAUCCGGUCAGUGGCAUGACCACUAGUAACAAAGUAAGCUUAAUCCGGUCAGUCACCAGUAUUCUAAACCAGCCCAGUAAAAGUUUACUCUACAUAUUGAAUAAGAUUUAAAUGGAGGAAUGGCUGCUCAGUAUGCAAAGUAGACCCUUUUUCUGCAAAUAGAACGAUGCUCAGUAUUGUAAUUUGUAGAGAAUCCAAAUAAAUCCUUCUGAGCUCCUUGGUAGACACCACAAAAUGCAUUCAAAUAGCUUUUGUAACUAUGUAACAAUAGGUACACACUCAUACUGUGUGCUUGCGUGCAUGUUUUGCCAUGGAAGGAUGUAAAAUAUAAAGGAAAAGUUGGGUAGGCUAGCGUUAAGGAUAGUGGCCAUGCCUUUGUCCCAGAGGCAACCAAAAUCCAAAGGAAAGGAUCAGCACAAGUCUAAGAACUUGAUAUGUGCACUGUUAUAGGCCAAAACAUUGCUUCUGUUCAUCCAAAUAUCUGCCCAUAUCUUAGACCUGGCUAUGCCCAGUCCUUUUCUUUAUACUGAAGGAUGUAAAAUAUAUUUUAAAACUGUCAGCUGUCCAUUCAAAUUACAAAGGUUUACAUAUCUAUUCCUCCAUCUAAGACUAUGCAUUUAUUGGGCUGUUUGUAGUGAUCUUUGAAACUGGUGACACUGGGAAAGCUUUGAUCUGAGAUCUUGUGAUUGCCGAUAACAAUCUUUACAGGACCUAGGAAACAGAAAUUAGUCAUUGCCUAUGAUGUUUCCAUUACGAAAAUUAUAAUCCAGAUAUUUUACAUGAUCUUGCCUGAUUUCACACCAAGAGGGAGCAUGUAACCUUUGAAAUUAAGUUGUUUAUUCCCUCAAAAGCCAGCCUAUAUAGACUUGAAAAAUAAUUAAAAUAAAACUAUCAAUACAAGCAUACCAUAAGCAAACAAAUGCUGUAUGUCAGCAGAAAAAAAGUUACUUCUUCUGAGAAAGGGUAAUAGCUUCUUGAUCCAAGGAUAAAUCUGACUGCCAUUUUGGGGUCAAGAGGUAUUUUUUGUCCUAGUUUGUUGCAAAAGUGGAAUUGCUUUUUGCCUUCUUUUGAAUCAACAGUAAAAAACAAAUGUGAGGAACGCUGAACUUGAUAGACACAUGUCUCUUUUCAGCCUAUGUAACUAUGUAAGUGGAGGUUAGGAUAAUGAUUAUGUGAAUUGUAUGGUACUGCUAGGAAUCACAGAACUGUGCAUGUGCAAAGUGUAAGAAAGUAGGAGAUUAAUAAAUGGCUACAAAUGUGUACUUUGUGUUUAAUACAGCUCAAUGACUAGCAUCUAUAAUUAGCUGAAAAGUUGCCACUGUGCAUCCUUACCUAAAGCCACUGGUUUUGGAAGUACCACCCAAGCCCCGCAUCAUUCUGUGUAUCAUAUGAUGAGGCAUGCAACACUUCAAAUAGCACAGGUAUCAUGACAAAACAUAGUUCUUACAUUUAAAAAAAAACAAAAAAAACUUGAAGUUACAUGCAUUCUAGCAUCUAGAUUUGGUGUAGAAACUUUUAAUAAUUUUAAUUGAAAAACAAAUGGGAUCAUGUUCCGCUUGCUAACUUUCUGUCUUAAAUUUUCUUAGGCUGUUUAUAACGAAAAUGAUUGCAACUUCCGAGAGGUGCCCUUACAUGACGGAUACAACCUGUACUUUUCAGAAAAGCAUCCAGCUCACCUAAAGCUAACUCCUGUAAGAGGCAGGCAAUUGGAACGAUUCAUUCCUUUGGAGGCCUCAAGUGAAUCUACAUAUAUGGGAGAUUACUCAAGUGAACAUUUUCAAAGACCAAAACUAGAUAUUGGGUCAGAAGAUCCCCUAGGGAUGAUAGACACAUCCAAUAUCUUCAGUCCAAGCUCAGAUUCAUAAUGAAGUUAGAAUCUGCUAAUGGAUAAUCAAAAUACUCCCAGACAACAAGUUUUUGUAAAGGAAAAUAGCUUCUUCCAAAAGUAAACUGACAGAGACAUUUUUCUGCACCUAACUCCUUAUACACCGGUAAGCCUUUGAUGGUCACUUUGAAAGAAAUAUGAAGAUAAAGAAGGGAAUAGUGGUGGAGAUAGGAAGGUAUUUAAUUUUGACCUGUUUAUCAAUUUCUACUCCAAAAAUAUUACUUGCACUACAAAGGACUUUAAUCUUGCCUCCGGCAGGUCUAUUUGAAGAAAUGUUACAAUGGCUUUUUUUUUUUAAACAUACUCUUGCAAAUCAAUCUCAUGAUAAUAACAAUGUAUGUAGGUGUAUGUAUGUAGGUGUAUGUUUUUGCUGUAUAUUAGAGUGAAAGGACAAAGUGCAAAAGUAUUUUGCUCUCGUUUAUAUCUUCUUCAAUGCCAAGCCUAUUUACAACUGAAUAUAAAUUAUAUAUUACCUCAUUCCUUAAAAAUAACAGAGGCUCACUCCAAAAAUAAUAUGUACCUGAGUGCAGAACAGAAAGAGCAAGUUAAAACAUAAACUAAAAGCAAUAAUAUAGCUGCACAUUAUGGUACUGGUAACAAGAUAACAUUAAGCUGAUGGUAAUAAGAUCAAUUUAAGGUGAUAGCAAUAAGCCAUCAUCCUCUGUGGGUGUAUUAAAUCAUUAUUUAAAUAAUAACUUAUUAAACAAUAGAGUGUAUUUUCUAUCCCAGACAAACUUGAAAAUGAGAGAAAUCUGUGUUCACUUUUUUUAAGUGAAUUUCAAAUUAAGGCCUAAAUUGCCAAAGUGUAAAUGUUCCCAUGUGUUUAAGCUCUUUGUCUUUAAAGUUGAAAUUUCCUUUGAAUUCAAUUUGAAUAAAUACUUUGGUAAAUAAUCCUGCAAAUAAGAUUUUCUAAAAUCUUAAGAGGGCAAAUACAUUAGAAAAAUGAAAUUAAAUCUAUAUUUCCAAAUAAUUCGUUUUAUAUAUACUGCUUUUUCCCCAUAUGGAACUAGGGUGCUUAGGUUCAUUCACUUGGACUUCAACCUUAUCGGCAGACGUUUAGUAGACGUAUUACCCAACUUGACAGUACACAUCUUAUUGACUUUGAAAAAGAUGAAAGGUUGGGUUAAACGUGCUGAGUGGUCAUUUAAAAUUCCAAAGUGGAUGUAUUUAUCUUAAAACUUAGAAAUAUGGCACAGUUUUCCAGGCCUGCUCUAGACUAAUGCCAAGAGUGUAACAUUAUGAAUGUAUUAUAAAAAAUAUUUUCUUACCCCACAUUGUGUCACCCAUUAUCACUUGGUAAAUAAUUGUAUUUAGCAGUAUACUGAUCUCAGUCCACUGUUUAUUAAAUAAAGGAAUCCUAUCAUCAAUAUUUUACAUGAACAGUUAGAAAAGUCAAUUCAUUACUCUUUAAUACAUACAUUACAUACACUGUUUUCACUACGAUACAUGUUUAAAUAACACAACAUGCUCUAAUUUUCUGCUAUAUAUAGUUGUUUCUUAAAAAAAACUUUAAAGGGUAAUAAUGUGAUUAAAUGACAAAUGCCUGUAGCUAAGCAGUGUGUCUAUUAUAUUAAAAUCACGUUGUGUCCAUGGGAUACAGGGGCUGGUAUUCAGCACCCCUAAAUCAAAAUUGUACUAUUAAUAAGUUUAAGGGUUAGAAAAUAUUUGCGUUAUAGAUUGUUCCUUUAUUGAAAUGUUCAACAAUAUGGUGAAAGGUGAAUUGUUUUUAUAUUAUUGUUAAUAUGUAUAUUAUUGUAUUUAUUUAUUUUCUUGCUUAUUUAUUUAAUAUGUUUUUUAUAAUAUAUAUAUUUAAAACAUUUGUAUUUAUUUUUGCAGCU